CCGGCCCCGGCCGCCCCGGCCGCACAACAAUGACUUUGGGCAGCAGCGGCGGAGGCGGCUGCGGGAUCAUGUCCGAGCGCUCCCCGGAGGAAGAACCGCUCUCCGAGGUGGAGGACGCGGAUAUCGACGUGGUGGGCCCGCCCCAGGACGGGGGCAAAUACAGCGAGGACGAGGAGGAGGACGACGACGACGAAGAGGACGACGAGGAGGAGGGCGGCGGGCCGCUGGGGCUCGCCCUGCAGCGGAGCGGGGCCGCCAAGGCGCGCAUGGGGGGGUCUCCGGAGCGGCUCUCCCCCGCCGGCGGCUCGGAGCCCGCGUGCGCCCGCGGGGCCGCACCCGGGGAAAAGGCGCCCGCGGGUGGCGGCGGCGGCGGGGGAAAGAACCCGCUGGUGAAGCCGCCCUACUCCUACAUCGCUCUCAUCACUAUGGCCAUCCUGCAGAGCCCCAAGAAGCGGCUGACGCUGAGCGAGAUCUGCGAGUUCAUCAGCGGCCGCUUCCCCUACUACCGGGAGAAGUUCCCAGCGUGGCAGAACAGCAUCCGCCACAAUCUCUCCCUCAACGACUGCUUCGUCAAGAUCCCCCGGGAGCCCGGCAACCCGGGCAAGGGCAACUACUGGACGCUGGACCCCGAGUCCGCCGACAUGUUCGACAACGGCAGCUUCCUGCGCCGGAGGAAGCGCUUCAAGCGGCAGCAGCAGCUGCACCCGCCGCACCCCGAGCUGCUGCUGCGGGCCGGGGCCCGAUCCCGCCGCCUUCCUGCCCGGCUUCGCUACGGACCCUACGGCUACAACUACGGCCUGCAGCUGCAGGUACCCCCCGGCCCCCCCGCACCACCACCACCACCACCACCCCGGCGGCGGGGGCUCCGCGGCGCUUUCCCCUUCUCGGCGCCUCACUGCCCGUUACCGGCUCCGCCGCCUCCCUCCGCCGCCUCCGUCUUCUCGGCCGCCUCCGGGCUGCCCUCGUUCCUGGGCGGCGAGCUGAACUGCAGGAAGUCCUUCUACCACCCCCAGCUCAGCCCUACGGCCCUCCCCGCCGCCCUCCUCCAGACCCUCAAGCCGGACCCCACGCCCGCGGGCAGCGGAGGCACCACCACCACCAACCCCUCCCGGCCCUCUUUUUCCAUAGACAACAUCAUCGGGGGGGCCGUGCCCCCGCCGCCCAGCACCAACCCCAGCGCUGCGCCCGCAGCGCCCUACCCCUCGGGCCAGGCGGGCCCCCCGGCGCAGCUCCUGGCCGUGCUCAGCCCCGCCUUGGCCCCAUCGCAGCCCCACGGCGGCCUGGCCCACGAGCCGCUCCUGCAGCCCGCGCAGAACUUUUCCGCUAAAAUCACAAACGUGGGCAGCUGUCAUUUUUAAAGCGUGCUGCGGAGAGGAGAGGCAAAGGGAGAGGGGGUGAGGGGUGGAGGGGUGGAAGGGAGAGUCGCGAACCAAACUGCCCCUUCCCAGCUCUCCCCCAAAUCUCCCCUUCCCUCUCCCCGCUCUCUUCUUCCUCCCCUCAAUCUCCUCCCGUUGUGUUUGAAGGUAGGAUUUUUUUUUUUUUUUUUUAAUUUUAUUUCCAGGCUCUGUGGCAUCCGGAUCUGUUUGUGUCUCUUUCGUAGGCGAAAAAGAAAAAUAAUUAUCCGGGGGGGGGGGGGGGGGGGAAAUAACCGUAUUUCACCCUGCCAGCACCAAAGCUUAUUUAUAAUGAGGCCCUAACGUAACCAACGUUUGUGGGAGUGGGGGGGCAGAGAAGGGUCUGAGGGUCCGAAAUAUUUUCUUUGAGAGGUUCGGGAGUCUCAAAAUCA